AUGUCACGCGGCGGAGCUGGAAAUAUUUUGGCUAUACAGCAGGAGAAAGCCCGAUUAAGUGCAGAUGUGGAAGCCCAGCUCCAGCGGACAAUCGACUCCGCCCCCGCGCAGAUAAUCAGAACGCAAGAGUACGCUCAUAGCGGUAGAGGUGGAAGCGGGAACUACUACUCUCCCAAGACUCUGAAAGAGACUGGACAUUUCGGCCAUCAAAACCCCAUGGCAGACGCACGCGGCCAGCAACAGACUAAUGGCCAGCCCGUUCCUGUGGCUAAAUAUGGACGAGGAGGAAUGGGUAACAUGGUUUACGGCGUGGCUGAAAGCGAGCAGAAUAAGAACGAAGAUGACAAGCUGAAGCGCGAGAAGAUUGAGGUGGAGAGCGAACGUGAAGCUGAGCAAAGCAUCGCUUUACCUCCAAAAGCGAAGUUACCGCUGCCAGGAUACGAUCCGACUGAGUCAAAUCAAGACAUAUGA